UGCGCUUCCUGGUUACGGCAUAUGUAAGCUAAGCUAGCAGUUCGCUGGCUGCCUUCUCCCGGGUUCCUGCGUUCCUCAGCGGCCUCCUCGGUGACAAGCGGACCCUCAGAUCGGAUUCCCACCGUUAAUCCUCCGGGAUGUCUUUCCUGGAGAAGCCGGUCCCCGGCAGGCUGCUGCUGGACGACACGGUGCCCCUGACGGCGGUGAUCGAAGCAAGCCAGAACCUGCAGUCACACACGGAGUACAUCAUCCGAGUCCAGAGGGGCGUGUCUUCAGACAACAGCUGGCAGGUGAUUCGGCGCUACAGCGACUUUGACGUUCUUAACAGCAGCCUGAUGGUGUGCGGAAUCAGUCUCCCCCUCCCUCCUAAGAAGCUCAUCGGAAACAUGGACCGGGAGUUCAUCGCAGAGAGGCAGAGAGGACUGCAAACCUAUCUGGACACCGUUACCCAGCAUCCGCUGCUUUCCAGCUCCCUGGCUGUCAAGAAGUUCCUGGACCCCAACAACUACUCUGCCAACUACACAGAAAUUGCCCUGCAGCAGGUCUCCAUGUUCUUCAGGUCAGACCCAAAGUGGGAGGUCCUGGAGCCUCUCAGAGACAUGGGCUGGAGGAUCAGAAAGAAAUAUUUUUUAGUCAAAAACAAAGAGCAGCCCAAAGAGAGGUACCUGCUGAGCUGGGUGGACCUGGGUCCUGAUAAGUUCCUGUCAGACAAAGACCUGCAGUCAGCCAUAAAGCUGUUGACCAGCCUGUCUAUCCCGUAUCUCUGUCCACUGUUGUUCUCCAGCACCAGUGAGUCUUCAGCGCUGCUCAUCCGGCCGUUCAGUGAGAAGGGCUCUCUGAGAGACCACAUCUGUAAGGUGAAACCCAGAGAGAGUUACCUGAAGAAGUACUGCAACCCGAAGAAGAGUCAGGGCCUUGAACUCUCGCACAUCAAACUGUACGGCCGUCAGAUCCUGGAGGGACUGAGGCUGCUCCAUGAUGCUGGUGUAUUUUUUGGUCAUCUGCACACGUGUAACGUUCUUGUGGAUGACGGCGUGUGUCGACUGAUGGACGUGGAGAACGGCAUGCUGGGAAUUCCCUCUGUACUGCGACCUGCCUUCACCCAGUUCAGGAAGAUCAACACCACGGAGAGCAUCGACGUCUUCUGCUUCGGACAUUUACUGUACGAGAUGACGUACGGCCAACCACCGGACAGCGUCCCCAUCGAGCAGUACCCCCCUGCCCCCUCCACUGCUGUGGUAUCAGUGCUGCAGUCCAUUCUGUCCACAGAAGCCUGUAAAAGCGGGAUGCCAACAGUGUCGGCACUCAUGCAGACGCCGCUGUUCAGUGACGUCCAGCUACAGCGUUCAGAAAAACUCCAGAUCAAGGUUCCCAGCAGGCUGAAGGAGGCACUGAAAGCAGCAAAAGAGAGUCUGGAGAAGAGGCUGCGGGAGGAGCAGAGACUGCUCCACCAACACAGGAGGCUGACCAGAGCUCAGUCUCACCACUGCUCAGAGGAGGAGAAGAAGAGGAGAAAGAUCCUGGCGAGGAAGAAGUCCAGACACUCAGCUUAUGAAAAUGAAGAAGAUGCCUCAGUCAGAAACAACAAUAACUCUGGUUCUGGAGCCAGUUCUCCGCCCACAUGCCCCUCCUCCCCCACUCCCCCACCAACCACAGGUAUGUUGGUCUGUCCUGUCACAUUAAUUGUGGGUCUUUUCUCCUGUCUGCUUGUCUCCUCUCCCCAUCUGUUUGUCUCUUUGUUUUGGAACUUACCAGACAGCCUGUGUAGCGCCCCCCCCUCGUGACAAGAUCCUGCCAGGGCCGUGCUGUGAUUCGGCACGCUGCUGCUCGCAUCAAUAACAGUUUUCAUCUGAAAUUUGCCUGUGUGAUUAUAAAGCCUAAUCAUUAACUUGAGAUGUCUGUCUCUGUCUCUUCACCUCCUC